AUGGUUAGUAUAAUUGAUAUGGUAUAACAUUGAUAUCUUAACUGAUCUAUACACUUUUUUCCUUGAACAAAGAAAGUUAAAGGAGAGUAUCGCAUACAGAAAACCUAAAACAAUGAGUAGAGAUGAAAAGAUCACAGCUGAACAAGUCAUUUCCAAGCUCAAAGAUGAUGGCGAUUUCGACCGUCUUCGCUUCAAAAUUGUCCGUCAACUCAAACAAAACGAGGACUUGCGUAACAAUAUUAUUUCAGUGGUUAAGCAGUCCACUGUACUUAAUCGUCCUGGUGCAGAAAAUAUGCAAACCAGGAAACUUUGUGAUGCAAUUUAUGAAGAAAUUCGUGAAAAGGCGAUGAGUCAAAUUUCAGAUGGCUUGUGGGAGAUUAUUCGAUCAGGUGAUGACAUGAAAACUGAAAUAAAAGAAACAGUUCACUCAGUCUAUGAUAAGCUACUGAAUCCUGAGCGGAAAGCGAUUGAUUCAACGUCUUCCUCAGGCCAAGUGCCAAUUAGUAGAGGAACUGAGUUUAAUGGUCAUGUCAUUGUUUCUGGGGAAAGCAAUGGUAUAAUGUCUAAUGGAGAGCAUAAAGAAGUCUCAGGUUUCUCUUUGCAUAAUAGUACUGCCACAAACAAUCAUGAUUUAAAACCCGAGACACAGCAGCCUCAUCCUGGUAAUAAUAGUUUCACUGAAGAGGGUAUAGAACCUCAUUGGCGCAAUGGUCCAUUGCAGUCCAAAAAAGGUGAUUCCAGUUCACCUCCUGGCUAUUCCUCAUCUGGAAAGCGCAAGCGAGCUUCCGAUGCUGAUGCCGAUGCAGAUGAAGACCCUGAUAUUCCACCAGGUUUUGGUUAACCAUCCUCACUAAUUAUAGAGAUAAAGCAUGAUUAGCCUUUUAACCACGAAUACUUUUGUAGUUUUUUUUUUCUUUUUGUAGGGUAAGGAGGACUCUAACUAGACUUCAAUUCUCAAAGUUUAGUGUAUUUUUUUUUCUAACCAUUAUUCGUUGGUGUCCGGAGAAUUUAACCUUGUAACGAGAAUACGAAAUUACAAGGUGAAUUCCUAACCAACUACAUUGAGCCUUUUUGGUACAAAUACUUUUGUAGUCACUAAUCCUUUUCAGAGUAUUGUUAACUUGUUAAGUGCUAUCGGUAGAAUUAUACAAGUAUAUAGAUUGUAAUUGUUUCAGUCACACAUUUUAUAACAAUUUAUUUGUUGAUGUUGAUGAAAAGUUUGCUUUUGACCAGGAUAAAUUCUUUAU